UCCUCCAAACUCUUCCUAUUUGUAUAAACUAAACAAAUUAUGGGUCGCAAAAAGAAGAAGGCCUCAAAACCCUGGUGCUGGUAUUGCAAUCGUGAAUUUGACGAUGAAAAAAUCUUGGUGCAACAUCAAAAGGCAAAACAUUUCAAAUGUCACAUUUGCCACAAGAAAUUGUAUACGGGUCCCGGUCUAUCGAUACAUUGCAUGCAGGUCCACAAGGAAACCGUUGACAAAGUGCCAAAUUCAUUGCCCAAUCGAUCCAAUAUCGAAAUAGAAAUUUUCGGCAUGGAUGGUAUACCGCCGGAAGAUUUACGCGAGCAUGAACGACAAAAGAAUGGUGGCAAGUCGGAUUCCGAUGAUGAUGAACCGGCGGCGAAAAAGAAAGUUGAAUAUCCCAUUGCUGCUGCACCGCCCAUGAUGAUGCCGCCAAAUAUGAUGCCUCCACAUUUAAUGAAUCAGUACGCUCAAUAUGGUAUGAUGCCACAUAUGACGGCAAUGCCGCCAUUUAUGGGUCCAGGUGGAAUACCUAUGGUACCGCCUCAUAUGAUGCCGCCACGACCUCUAUUUCCCGCCGCAAUGGCAGCUACAACAUCAGCUGCGGCUCAUGCCGCAAGUCAAUUUGCGGCCGCACAGCAGAAACCAACGUUCCCUGCAUACAGCAAUGCUACCAUAAGUGCACCGCCAACAACAAACAAUCCCAAUGCUACAGCACCACCACCAGCAACAACAGCGGCGGCAACAACCUCAGAACCAGCAAAACCGCAGGUGGUUACAAACGCCAGUGGUGUCACAUCGAAAAUAAUGCAUCCACCUGAGGAUCUUAGUUUAGAAGAAUUAAAGGCACGUAAAAUACAAAGACUUAAGAAUACCAAUGCUGUGUCCACAUCAAAAUCCUCGGCAUCGACAUCCAGCAGUAGCGGUGGCGGCGGCACACAUAAUACCACAACAACAACCUCUUCAGCUGGAACAUCUUCAACGAAUGCAGCCGCUGCGGCAGCCGCAACAGCAGCGGCCAUAUCCAAGGCACAGGAAGCUGCCAAUAUGGUUGCCGUGGCAACUCAGGCCCAAGUAGCCCAUGCCCAAGCAGCCCAGGCCGCCCAACAGGCGCAUCAACAAAAACAACUUGAAGAUCUCAAUCGUGCCGUUAUGAUCCAACAAAUACAACAGGCCCAACAGCAACACCAACAAAAACAGCUCGAAGAUCUCAAUCGUGCCGUUAUGAUUCAACGAAUACAACAGGCCCAACAGCAGGCACAGGCCCAGGCCCAGGCAGCCGCAUCAGUUGCGGCGGCAUCUGUUGUUCGUCCACCCACAGCUGCAACAGUUGGCAUGCUGCCGAUGCCAGGACAAAUGCAAUUGGUACAACCAAUGUUAAGACAUCCAUCAAUGGCUAUAGCAGGACCGCAUGCAGCUCUAAUUGGUGGUAAUCUAUUACGUGGCCAUGGUGGUUUGCCGGGAAUGCCAGCAGUACCUGGCGUACCAGGAAUGCCAACAGCAAUGGGCAUGCCUCCCGGUAUGGGUGUAAUGUUGCCAACGGGAAAUCCUAUGUUCCAAAUGUUACCACGUUUUAGGUGAUCGGUUCCUGCACAGGGACAGCUCUGUAUAGGGCCGAUUGUUAACGUGCCUAUGCCGAUCAUAUAUCCCAAAUAGAACAAAAAAACUAAAAGCAAUCUAAAUCAUCAU